AUGAGUUCAUUUGAUUUACUGCUUUUAGAUGAAUCUGAAAUUGAAACGAAAGUUCUAUCAAAGAAGGCUUUGAAAAAACUGCAACGGAAAGGAAAUCAAUUAAAUCAUUCAUCAAACUCGGAAAAUGAAUUGAAGAAAUUGCACGAAAAUGAUGGAGUUUGGUUCACCAUUAUUGAGUUUUUGAGUAUGAAUGAAAUCAUGCUCACUAUUGUGGUACUUUCAAGAAGAGAUUCGAAUAUUGUAGAUUCGCAAUGGUGCCAAUCUACUCUCCUCACGAGAGGUAUGGAACUAUUUCACACACUCUCAUCAAAGGAUUGGAAUUCUACUUUAAACUCCCUUGAUCACAAACAAUACUUUGGUAACUUGAGAAAAUAUGAAAAAAAAGCCAAACGAAAGAAACAACCCAUUGAAGAUAAUGAUGAAACUAAUUUGGAAAGGAAGAAAAUAUUCAAACGAUUGUAUCUGAAAUUGAGAGAGGAACAUAAUAAUCGAAUGUUGACACUUCACAAUUCCAAUCAAGCCAUCAGAUCUGAAAUCCAAGCUGAAUUUCAAAAUUUGAGAAGUGUGUGGUCCUCUUUGAUAACAAAUCGAUUCGAAUGUUUUCAUGAUGAAUUCAAAAUUGAAGAUUCAAUAAGUGAUGAGGAGAAACAAAAAAUUACAUAUGAUUUAGGAUCUUACUAUCGAUUCACAUGCAAAAAGUGUGGAAUAGUUGCCAUUUCUAACUAUAUGCCCGUAUUUGCCAUAAAACCUCAUCAUUCGUUACUGUUAAAUAAUUGUGCCAUUUUGCUUGGGAUCGUUCUUGUAUUGAUAAUAAUGACAAGUGUUUCAGUGAUCUGUUCUUCUAACAAUCCGAACCAUAUCCCGAAUCAGCAAGAAAAUACUUCAUCAAAUCAACAAGAAGAACCAACAACCAAAGACAAUUUUUGGAGCCUUUCAUUGAAGAACAAACUAUUAAAGUAUGCCAACACUGUCCAAUCUGGCUUUCAAAAAGUACUCUCAUCAUCACUAGUAGAAAAGAUCAAGGGAAAAUCAAAAAAGCUUUCCGAACAUUCGAAGAAUUUACUCAAGACAUUGAAAAACAAAUCAAAACAAGCCCUUCAUAGGAGCAAAGACAUUGUCAAGGAACAAUUUACCAAGUUGAAACAAUCUACACCUGCCCAAAAGAUUAAGAAACUUUCAAAGAAGGCUCUGAGAAAGCUUUUAGAUCAUUUAGAUUUAAUUCCACCUUCCGAAAAGAAUUCCCAUCCAAACGAUGAAGAAGAGGAAGAUAGAGUAAUUACAGUUCUCAAGUAG